AUGUCUUUAUUCGAUUCAAUUGCCGGCAAGCUCGGAUACGAGACCAUCCCCAAGGAAGUCGCCAGUAAGAGCUUCUACGACCUGAAAGCUACCUUGCCCGGAAGCAAGGGUGACUUUGACUUUUCCACACUGAAGGGCAAGACCGUCCUCAUCGUCAACACUGCUUCCAAUGGCUUCACCCCCCAAUACGAUGGUCUUGAGGAGCUCAACAAGACCUACGGUGACAGGGGUCUUGUCGUCCUCGGUUUCCCCAGUAACGAGUUCGGUGGACAAGAACCUGGAGCUGACGAGGAGAUUUCUUCAUUCUGCACUUUGAACCACGGUGUCACUUUCCAGCUUAUGAAGAAGUCUGAGGUCAACGGCAAAAACAUGAACGAGGUCUUUGCUUGGCUCAAGACUCAGACCGGUCAGGGUGUUGGUGGUUUGGCUGGUACUACUGCUAUCAAGUGGAACUUUACCAAGUUUCUCGUCAACAAGGAUGGCAAGGUCGUCGGUCGAUUCGGUUCCACCACCAAGCCAGAAGCGCUCAAGAAGGAGAUCGAGCCCCUUCUGUAA